ACAGUAGGUAAUGACAUCUCACGUCAUGAGUUUUAGUUUGUGAUUAUCGGCUUGUGUAAUUAGAUUUUGUUAAUGAUUAUAGCAUUUUGAUAAAGGCAACCGCCUGUUACACUAACUAGAAUAUUAGCUUUACGCAAUAAGACCUAAGUGUAACCUGUUAUUACACACCGCAUGUGACCAUGGAGUAUUGUCCUCCAAAUGUGACCCUUUGGGAAGUGUGGGUGGACCAUGGCAUAUCACAAUGUUUCAUGGAAACUAUUUCCGCCAUUUUAAUUGGUGGUUUUCUUCUCGGCUUUGGUACUAUACAAAUUGUGAUGUAUAAAAGAUAUGCCACUGAAGUAACUGAUGUAAGGCCAUCAUGCUUAUUUGGGGUUCAACUAUUUUUUACGCUUUUUGUACCCAUUUUGGCAGUGGUACGGUUUAUUCUCCAGGCAUUUGUAUUCAAAGGAGGACAUAUCUAUGGUUAUAUGAUAGUAGCACUAAUAGUUACCUUACUGGUGUUUCCAGUAUCGGCCUACCUAGCGAUAUUAGAGAGGCGAUUCUUACUACCCUCUGUUCCUCCGAGAGGCCAUGGCUUCGUCUUACUCAUUUUCUGGGCUAUGAUUUUUGUAUCAGAAAAUCUAUCGUUCCUGAAUCUUAACAAAGACGGUUGGUGGUGGGGCUUAAAAAAUCUCCAAGAUCGGCUAGAAAUGGCUCUGUUCGUCGGCCGCUAUGUAUCCUGUAUGAUAAUGUUCAUCCUGGGACUGAAGGCGCCUGGUGUGCUGCUGGUGUACCAAAACAUCAGGAAUGAUGACAGUAGAGGAAUACAGCCAAGGGAUGAAAACAGGUCGACAUUCAGAAAUGUAUUCAGCAAGCUGCGCACGCUACUCCCAUUCCUGUGGCCACGGAAGAGCGUCUGCCUGCAGAUCUACGUGCUCAUAUGCGUUCUAUUGCUUGUCGCCGGCCGCGUCGUCAACCUAUAUGUGCCUAUUUAUAAUAAGCUUAUUGUGGACAGUCUGUCAAUACCGCCCGUGUCGUUCCGCUGGGACCUCGUGGUGGUGUACGUGGUGUUCAAGUUCCUGCAGGGCGGCGGCACCGGCGGCAUGGGCUUCCUGAACAACCUGCGCUCCUUCCUGUGGAUCAAGGUGCAGCAGUACACCACCAGGGAGUUGCAGUUGGAACUCUUCAAGCAUCUCCACACGUUACCCCUAAGAUGGCACCUCUCGCGCAAAACAGGAGAAGUGCUGCGAGUCAUGGACCGCGGCACAGAUUCCAUAGACAAUUUAUUGUCGUACAUUCUGUUCUCCAUCACGCCGACCAUAGUGGAUAUUAUUGUGGCUGUCGUGUAUUUUGUUACGCAGUUCAACGUCUGGUUCGGGCUGAUUGUCUUCUCUACUAUGGUUUUAUAUAUAAUUGCGACAAUCGCGGUGACGGAAUGGCGGACGAAAUAUCAAAGACGUAUGAACUUGGCCGACAACGAACAGAAGGCGCGUUCCGUAGAUUCCCUUCUCAACUACGAGACCGUCAAGUAUUACGGAGCGGAGAGUUACGAAGUUGUCUCUUAUAGAGGCGCCAUUGUUAAUUACCAGAAAGAGGAAUUCAAGUCUCUCAUCACAUUGAAUAUGCUCAAUACAUUACAGAACAUCAUAAUUUGCAGUGGUUUACUCGCCGGGUCGCUGCUCUGCAUUUCCAUGGUCACCAAGUAUCAGCUUACGGUCGGUGACUACGUACUCUUCGCCUCUUACAUUGUGCAGCUGUAUGUCCCUCUCAACUGGUUUGGUACAUAUUAUAGGGCAAUCCAAAAGAACUUCGUGGACAUGGAGAACAUGUUCGACCUGAUGAAGGUGGACAACGACGUGAAGGACGCGGCGGGCGCGCCGGCGCUGCUGCUGCGGCGCGGCGGACUCGAGUUCAAGCACGUGUGCUUCGGCUACGGGCCCGAGAAGCUCAUCCUCAACAACGUCAGCUUCAAGGUCGCGCCCGGCACCACUGUCGCCUUGGUGGGCCCCAGCGGCGCGGGGAAAUCGACAGUGAUGCGUCUACUGUUCAGAUUUUACGACGUAAACGAAGGGGCCGUACUAGUGGACGGACAAGACGUGCGCACGGUGACGCAGUCGUCGCUGCGGGCCAACAUCGGGGUAGUGCCCCAGGACACUGUGCUCUUCAACAAUACUGUCAGAUACAAUAUUCAAUAUGGCCGUCUGACAUCGACCGAUGCUGACGUGAUCUCAGCGGCCAAAAACGCUGAUAUUCAUGACAGAAUACUCACGUUCCCUGACGCGUAUGACACGCAGGUGGGUGAAAGAGGGUUACGUCUCAGCGGUGGUGAGAAACAGAGAAUAGCGAUAGCCAGAACAAUCCUAAAGGACCCCGCGAUCGUUUUGUUGGACGAAGCGACGUCUGCGCUUGACACUAACACCGAGAGAAACAUACAGGCAGCGCUAGCGCGCGUUUGCGCUAACAGAACGACUCUGAUCAUUGCGCACAGGUUAUCUACGAUAAUCCACGCAGAUGAGAUCUUAGUGCUCAAGGAGGGAGAAAUCAUCGAGAGGGGAAGCCAUGACACUUUGCUGGCGCAAGGUGGGUUCUACGCGUCGAUGUGGCAGCAACAACUCGAGAGCCGAAACGGUAACAACAUCGGCGAAGGCAACAACAACACACAACCGCCGCCACAACCAAAUGGCGGCGGUUUCGGCCACGGCCAUGGCCAUUUGUAAAAUACUAGCUAAAAUAUUUAUGAAAAAUCUGGAUGUGAUAUUUUUAGCAUCAAAGUUGGUCGGUCGAUCAAAUAUAAUGAAUUUGUCAAUUUAAUUUCGGAAGUGACUGAAUCUAUUUAUAAGUCAACUUUGCAAUAAGUACAAUGGUGUAUACUUCUCUCCACCAGUCUCAGUGUACGAGUGUAUGUACAAGAGUUGACAUUGUGAUAAUGUAACUAUACUGUACGUAGUAGUAUUAAUAUAUUUUAAUGAGAAAUUCUAUGUGCGAUUUCAGUGUUAUUAAACUGUUUUUUUUU